AUGGUUAAGGACCCAAAAAAUGCAGACCGGAUCAAAGUAAUUUGCAGACAUGAAGAGGAGAUCCAACAGGUUAAAGAAGCCGCCCAAAAGAUUGAUAUACCAGGAAUAAGAGUCCUACGAGACCAGCUAUACCCAGUCAAAAUCGACAAUGCCAACCGGACAGCAGUCCUGGAUGCGGAUGGAAAUAUCCUCCCAGGGGCAGCCGAGGUACUAGGAAAAGAGAACAAUGUCAGUAUUGCUAAGAUCUCGUGGCUCAGCAAGAAAGACUCCAACAAAGCGUACGGAUCAAUGGUGGUGUAUAUCACAAGAGGGACUGAUGCCAAACGUUUGAUAGACGGCAACUACUUCGAUAUAGCAGGAGAAUCUGCGUACACUCAAAUCUUUGAACCACGGAUGGGACCGGUUCAAUGCUUCAACUGUCAGGAGAUGGGGCAUAAAGCCUAUUCUUCAAAAACUGUCGAGUACGCCUCAUACAGUCUCAUGCAUAAAUCACUUCGCGUACUACAACUCAAUGUGGGCAAAAGGGACACGAUACAGCAAAGCCUGAUGAACGACAACAAAAUUAGAGAUUACGGAGUCAUAGCAAUAUCCGAGCCAUACACGCGGAUGAUUGGGAACACGAUGAUAACGAGCCCAAUGGGACACAGCUACUGGACAAAGAUGAUACCUACAGAAAGAUAUGAAGGAAGAUGGCCAAUCCGGAGCAUGCUAUGGAUUCGGAGUGACAUUGAGGCAGAACAGAUCCCGGUGGCAUCACCAGACCUGACGGCCGCGAUACUACAACUACCGGACCGGGCAGUGUUAGUGGUCUCGGUCUACGUGGAGGGAAAUAAUAAGGAAGCAUUGAUAUCUACAACUAGGCUACUACAUGACCUAGUAGUGGAUAUCCGCGGUAGAGAUGGAAUACGAACAGACGUUUUAAUUGUGGGAGACUUCAACCGGCAUGAUCAACUCUGGGGCGGAGAUCAAAUAUCCCCAGCGAGACAAGGAGAGGCAGAAGUGCUAGUUGAUUAUAUAACUGAGCAUUCUCUCCAAAGUCUCCUACCGAGAGGCACAAAAACAUGGCAUUCAGGGGACCUAGAAACAACGAUCGACUUGGUUCUAGCAUCAACGGAGUUGGCAGAAGAGAUGGUUAAAUGUGGGAUACAUUAUACAAACCAUGGAUCAGACCAUCAAGCUAUUGAGACAGAGUUUGACAUAUCGGUUCCAGAGCGACCCAUUACUGAGAGAUUACUCUGGAAGAACGCGCCUUGGGCAGAAAUCAGAGCGAGGGUCACUACCAGCUUACAGGCGGUUUCUAUAGACGGCUUAGUCCAGCAGCAGACGGAUCGCCUCAUGACAGUGGUCAUGGAAGCGGUCUCAAAACUUACACCUAAGGCAAAGCCCUCUCCCUACGCUAAACGAUGGUGGACGGCAGAUCUGACACAGCUUCGCUAUAUAUAUACCUACUGGAGAAAUCAGGCCAGAGCGCAACGCAGGGCAGGACGUGCAAUCCCCGAUCUUGAACAACAGGCACAUGAAGCGGCAAAAGAGUAUCAUGAUGCAAUCAGGAAACAGAAGAAAGCGCACUGGGAGGACUUCCUUGCCGAUGAUACUAAUAUAUGGCAAGCCACUAAAUAUCUAAAACCAGGGGGCAGCUCACUCAGCGACAAAAUACCACCAUUAACAAAGUCAAAUGGGUUUACUACUAAAGGCAAAAUGGAACAGGCCGAAGAGCUGCUGGCCACGUUCUUCCCACCUCUACCAGCAACGAUUGAAGACGAGGGAACCCAGCCACAAAGGGAGCCGAUACAUAUGCCGGAUCUCACUAUGGAGGAGAUUGAAAAGAAAGUCUUCGAAACUAAUCCAUGGAAAGUAUCUGGAGAGGAUGGCCUCCCAGCAAUGGUAUGGAGACAGCUCUGGCCAGCGGUCAAAGAAAGAGUAUUCUAUAUCUUUCAGACAUCACUUCAAGAUAGCGAGCUCCCUUCCCAAUGGAGAAAUGCCAAGAUCAUACCGCUGAAGAAGCUGGCAAAGGACAACUACUCGCUGGCUAAAGCGUGGAGACCUAUAUCACUGCUCUCCACACUAGGCAAGAUCCUGGAAGCAGUUAUCGCAGAAAGGAUAUCAUAUGCCGUUGAAACAUUUGGUCUAUUGCCUACAAACCACUUCGGGGCAAGGAAAAGGCGCUCGGCAGAACAAGCACUAUUACUACUACAGGAAGAAAUCUUCAAGGCCUGGAGAAAUAGGAAGGUACUUAGCUUGGUCAGUUUCGAUGUCCAAGGGGAAUAUAACGGGGUCUUUAAAGAAAGACUGCUGCAGAGAUUGAAGGCAAGGGGGAUACCUGAUAAGAUAGUUCAAUGGAUCAACGCCUUUUGUUCAAGACGCACCGCAACUAUUCUGGUUAACGGGCUAACGAGCGAACAAAGGGAACUAUCUCAAGCAGGCUUACCACAAGGAUCACCGCUAUCCCCGAUACUUUUUCUCUUCUUUAAUGCAGAUCUAGUACAACACAGGAUUAGCGCCUCUGGAGGAUCAAUCGCAUUCGUGGAUGAUUACACAGCCUGGGUAACAGGCCCAUCAGCGGAAGCAAACCGGGCUGGUAUUGAAGCAGUAAUCAAUAGAGCCCUAGAGUGGGAAAGGCGCAGCGGAGCCACAUUUGAAUAUGAUAAAACAGCCAUAGUACACUUCACUCGGACUGCGAGCCGGUCAAGCAGCACACUAUUCACAGUGAAAGGGGUGACAGUCAAGCCAAAAGACAGUGCAAAGAUCCUAGGAGUAGUGAUGGACUCGCACCUACACUUUGAGAAACAUAUUGCCAAUGCUGCUACGAAAGGAUUAGCAGCAGCCAUAGCACUGAGAAGACUCAAAAUAGUAUCCCCUCGGACAGCGAGGUAA